UGUGUAUGUGUUCGCAGGCCUACUUCCUGAAGAAUCAAUAAACUGAAAAGGCGUCUGCUGCUGGUGUAUUGGACCCGUCAGACGACAGCCUUGCCUGAUGACAUGAUACUGGAGUAAAUAAGCUUAAGCUGAUCUGCAAGGUGCAAGCUGCUGAUAGAGGGCUCUGAAAAUACGGCAGUUUUUGGUGCUAGACCAUGUUCAAAGGUCGCCUGUUUGGUGGUGUAUGGAAACCCAAGAACCCUCACUCCUUGGAACAUCUCAAGCACCUGUACAAUGUGCUGCAGCGUAACCAGACCGUGUCCGAGGGGAACCGCGGCCUCCUGGUGGAGACACUGCGCUCCAUCGCCGAAAUCCUCAUCUGGGGGGACCAGAAUGACAGCACAGUCUUCGACUUUUUCUUGGAGAAGAACAUGCUAUCAUUCUUCCUCAAGAUCAUGAAGCAGAAAUGUGGCAGUUACGUCUGCGUACAACUGCUUCAGACGCUGAAUAUUCUCUUCGAGAAUAUCCGCAACGAAACGUCUAUAUACUACUUACUGUCCAACAACCAUGUGAACUCGAUCAUCGUGCACAAGUUCGACUUCUCCGACGAGGAGGUGAUGGCCUACUACAUCUCCUUCCUGAAGACGCUGUCGCUGAAACUCAACACCCACACCGUGCACUUCUUCUACAACGAGCACACCAACGACUUCCCCCUGUACACGGAGGCCAUCAAGUUCUUCAACCACUCGGAGACCAUGGUGCGGAUCGCAGUGCGGACCCUGACGCUGAACGUCUACCGGGUCGAGGAGAAGUCGAUGCUGCAGUUUAUCCGGGACAUGACUGCCGUGCCGUAUUUCUCCAAUCUGGUCUGGUUUAUCGGUAACCACGUACUGGAGCUGGACCGGUGUGUGCGCAGUGACUCCAGUCACCAGUGUCGCGGUAAGCUGGCGGACCUGGUGGCGGAACACCUGGACCACAUCCACUACCUCAACGACAUUCUCUGUCUCAACAUCGAGGAGCUCAACCAGGUUCUGACGGAGCACCUGCUGAGCCGACUGCUGCUGCCGCUCUACGUGUUUCCGCUGGCCCCGGAGGAGGGCUCGCCAGUCGCCACACCCGAACAACAGCCGCGCGUCAGCACGGUGGUAUCGCUGUUCCUUCUGUCCCAAGUGUUCCUCAUCUUUACACACCAGCCUCUGGUGCGUCUACUGGCCAGGAUCAUACUCACCGCCGACCAGCACCUUCUCUGGCAGUCGCAAACGACGGGCGCCUUCUGUCCGGGUUUUGUGGCGCCAGUACAGAGCCUUGAACAGUCCCUGGAGGAGCCACAGACGGCCCCAAAGUCGGCCACGGGGUCGGAUAGUGAGCAGGAGUCGUCGCCGGCUACGGCCGCCGCGCUGGCCGCCGCGCUGGCCAACCUGACUCGGCCGCCCGCCGUGUACGGGCUGCCCGAUCUGGUCGACUCCUGCAACUACACAGACGAGGAAAAGCGCCUGCUGUGUCGCGGCUCCACCACCACUACCGGCGGACCGCCCACCGAGGCAUCCACUCCGUCAGCGGCAGCGGCUGCCUCCUCACCGAAACCAUUCAUGGCGUCAAUUCUGGACGCGUUGGACUGCUCGGAGAAUGACUACACGGCCCUGUUUGCGCUGUGUCUGCUGCACGCUAUUGGACAUAAUAAAGGCAUCAACAGUGAACUACUGGACACUGUGCUACUACCGUGUGGUGAACAGGCCCGGCAGAGGUACAACAGUCAGCUGGCAGAACGGGUGAUCGGCAUCAUAGCCGCCAGCUGUCUGCCCAAUUCCUGUGUUCGUCUGGUGACGCUGGAGCUGUCCCUGGUGGUGCUCCAGCAGCUCGUGAUGACCUCUGGAGGCAGUGUACUUAGUGACGCCGAUCUGGCCAGGGUCGAGGAGGCCCGGGAACAGGCCACUCUCACACUGAGGAACUUCUACAAGAGUGAGGAGAUAUUCCUGGACAUUUUCGAGGACGAGUACCGUGAGAUGAAGAAGCGUCCCAUCAAUGUCGAGUACCUGAUGAUGGACGACCGACUGCUGCUGCCGCCGGCCGGAACACCAAUGUCGGGGGUCGAGUUCAGUCGACGACUGCCCUGCGGAGAGGUGGAGCGUGCCCGCUGCGCGAUCCGCGUGUUUCUCCUGCUGCGAGACACCAGCCUCACACUGCGUAACGAGCCUGACACGCAGCUACCCCUCCAGCGACCCGACCAAUACGUCGGAGUUGACGAGACUCUCGACCUCAACAACAGCGACCUGAUAGCCUGUACGGUGACUGGUCGAGACGGCGGAAGGAAGAGACGGUUCUUGGUGAUCGAUGUUCUGCAGUUGCUGUUGGUCGAUCCGGACCCCCGUCGGCUCGGCUGGGGGCUGGCGAAGUUCGCCGGUGCUCUACAAGAUGUGGAAGUGACCGGAGAUAAGGAAGAUUCUCGUGUGCUGCAUGUGACGGUGCAUGGCCCCGCAGCCGGCGCGGCGGCGGCGCCUCCCCUGCUCAGCGCCAAGUUUGUGUUUGACGAUCACAUCCGAUGCAUGGCGGCGAAGCAGAAGUUGGUACGAGGCAGACAGAAGGCACGUCAGAGGAAGAUGUACGCCAUAGGUAGGCUUCUCGAGCUCCCGGGACACCUCCACCCCUGCCCGUCGCCCCCAUCAGUGGGUCGACUCAGACCAGAGCAGACCAGACGAGUCAGCAGUCGGCCGGGAGGGGCGGCGCCGGCGUUCCGACCGCUUCUAUCCGCUCACAGCGGCAGGCCGCGCAGAGAAGGCUCGCCAGCGGCGGCAGGCGCGGCGGCGGGAGGGGAUGAGAUAGCUCUGGAGAGUAUCGCUAAAACCAUCCCAGCUCCGUCCUGGCGUAGGCCUGUGACGCCUGAGACGGCAGUGGAGGCGGCUGUGGCUCUACCAACAGCUGUGGCGUCUCCUGUGGCAACAGGAGCUACCACUACCUCAGCUUCCUCCUCAUCUACCACUGCGGCAGCAGCAGUAACGUCGCCCUCAGAAUCGGGGGUCGUCGAGGAGACAGAGACAUCAUUCUCGGCGAAAUUAACAUCGUCGAUGAGUGGAGAUUUGUUCUCCGACUGUCGUCAUCUACCCACACCAGCGGCGGAAGGAGGAACGGGGAAGACAGAGGGAGAUGAGAAGGGAGAGAGAGCGCCGAGAGCCGGGAGGAGCCUGUCGAGAGAGGGUGGGAGCAGAAGUGCUCCAAAUCUACCGGAGAGAGGAGCAGGACGUUAGCGGUGAGAAAAAAGAAGAGGGAGGAAUUAUAGGAAAGAGUGCAGGGGGAGUGAUGGACGGUGAGGUAGAGCGGAGGAGAGUAAGAGGAGAAUGGUGUAAAGCGGGACAGAUAGCAGAAACAAGUUGAAUGUGCUGGAAGUUCGGGUAGUGAGAUACAAAAUAAAGACGAUUCAGGGCACUUCACAAGCUGAGCUCGACGAUUAGUAAUGACAUGUGCAAGUGCAGUGCACGGUAAGAAUUGAAUAGCGCAUGAGUGAAUGAUAAGAAACUUGCUGGAUCUUGGUAUUGCCAAGCUAUCUCAAAAUAUACGCCAGUGCUGGUGGCAGAAGCGAAUCAAGUCAGUGAUAGAAAACGAGCAUAAUAGAGUGAUAAGAAGCUGAUCCGAUAUGCGACGCGGGAUGGGAUUGGCAAGUCACAGUGGAGAUAUUUGUGAAUUUGUACGCAUAUAGCGACAGUACUGUCGAAACAGCUGCGUAGCAGAGUAUCGAAAAUAGUAUUUUGACAAGCUUGUCUGCGCCCGACAACAGAGGUUCUCGCUACGAGAGCGACAGACGAGCGUAGGUCCUCAAAUGGCCAAAUAUCUUAAUAGAUAUAACAUAUUUAUUUUCACACGACGUGCGAUAUAUAUUUUGGAGUAUAUGAGUGGUAUAUUUAAGCCAGGGUAUAUAAACGAACUUGAAUGAUGAUUGCUUGUGUGCUUGUGUGUGUAAAAGUCGUGUAUCGGUGUGAUGAUUUGUGCGUUUCACACUGUACAUGCUGUGAAAGUUGAGAUGUGAGCCGGUGUGGUAAAAAGUGCGAGGCUGUGUGUUUAUAUAUGUCAGUAUGUGCAGUCAGAAGUCGCUAUCGUACACACGUGCACCUCAUCUAAAGCGUCACUUAUCAGUUGAGUGCCGUUACUAGUCCUGGCGAAUAGUCUGGGGAGGUGGAAUACCAGUAUGUUAUAGGAUUUCGAAAUUUGUGUUUAUGGAAAACGUUACUGCUUUUCGUUAUUCCCAUGAACGGCUGGACUAUGGAUGUGUUGGUUGUAUUUGCACGUCUUGGUGUCUAGCACGUUACCGCGCGAUAUAUAGGUACCCCUGAAUUCCGUAUUGUGGACUGCUUGCUGGCAGUCUUUUCUAAAACCAUUGAUGGUAGAAAAGCAUGCGUACGGCCUACUUCUGGUUAAUUUCAAGUCAGCGCCUUAGACAAUGUUAAGCGGGCAUCUACGUAUCAAAUGUCUCCUAUAACUGUUCAAUAUCCGUGUUGUGCUCCUAGUUGUGUUUUGGAUUGGUUAACCAAACGAGUUUCAUGCGAUAAUCCUGACCAUAUGCGCCCGACUUAGUUUAGUUGGUUUAGUUGCGAUGAAUUAUUACGAAAGCAGUUGUAUGCUUCUGUAAAUGAGUGCGUUGUAACCAUCGAUAUAAAGCUGAUAAAGAUUGCUUACCCGCUUGUUUUGGCCAAGUGUUUAUCUUUCAUAUAAUGUGCGAUGACAAGGCGAUCAAAAUCUUAUGGAACCUCCCUGGAAGCCAAGCUAUCCCCUGCUUUGCAGGCGGCGAGUUAGAUGUCGAUGUGGUACCGAAUGGCGAUUAGCUCGACGAAACCCGGGCGAUUUUCGAUUGUUGCGACAUGCGAUCAGUUUCCGAACCUCGACGCUGCUCUAACGAUUGUAGCAGGUAAAAACUACCAACUACAAUUCGAUUCGUACGAAGAUGUUUAGCAUUGCCCCAUUUACUAGAAAUUACGGAUGAGCUUUCGUACUGUGUAAUGUGGAUGAUCGAUAAUCGGCUAGAGUUGACGCAACUUAAGAGAGACGCAACUUUCGCCUAAAGCCGUGAACAGCAAGUGGCUCUUUUUGCUACUUGCCUCCGAGGUGCUGUUGUGAAACCUAAUAGAAGCGUAUAUGGAGUGUACCCGUGGUCACUGGUCGUUAAUUGUCAUAGAAGCGGUAUUUUCGCUACAUUCAUGAAAAUAUAUGGAUGCACGCACGCUACAAAGGUUUGUCAAAUAAACUGCAUAACC